AUGGCGCCGCACGUGUGCUUGGUUCCGGCGCUGCUGGCAGCAAUUGUCAGUGGCCCGGUCUAUGUGGUGGCUGAGAGCUGCACUACGGGAGGCUCCGGCAAGGGCCUAGCCCUGGUGCAAAGGGCCCGCUUGUUGAGGACGAAGUUUGCCGCAGAGCACGAAGAACUCGAAGAGCACGAUCGAGCGGGCAUUCCCUUGCGUGGAAUGCAUCGCAGUCACGAUGAAGGUCGUCAUGACGACAUGGGCGACCUUCUUCAAAGCUUGGUGGCGACAGCCGUGCGAGAGGGAAGGAACCUUACGCCAGUAGAGCGUCAGGCCUUCGACGAUAUGAAGGCGGUGCUUGAAAACACAACCGUGGCAAAGCUGCAGGACGCUGCGACGGCCGACCAGCAGUCCCUUCAUGACAUUGCCCAAGCCAUGGAGGACUGCGGGUUGAAUCUGACAUCGCAGAAUACGACUUUGCAGUUGCAGAAAAGCCUGGCCGUUGCGGCCCACGAUGCCUACAUGGAGGCCAGCCUUGCUGCAAACUCGACUGCGGUGGUGCUCGCAGAGAGAGAGGUUGCAAUGUCAACAUUCAUGGCCGAGUCCCCGCAGCCGACAGUGGCGACGAAUCAAAGUCAUUCUCCAGAGCUGGUGAGUGAAGUGCGGCGCCUGGUGGAGUGGGCCACAGAUUACCUUCAGCAUGCAGAUGCCCUGGAAGCUGCCUCCAAUGAGAGUGACACGCUCCUGGACAACCGCACUGCCCAGCAAGAACUCUGGGAAGAGGCUUACUGCGCAUGGUUGGCGCAGAAGGAGUUGAUGCUGACCUCCUACAAUUUGUGCUGGCAGGCAUCGGCACAGUCCUACAACUCCACACUCCUGGGUGUUCAGGCAAACACUGAAGCUCGCAGACUUGCUUUGUCUACCAUCCUCAAGUUGACGUGUUUGGUCGACGUCAUCAGCUCGCCCACUCAGGAACAAGAAGCAAAGCUGAAUGUUUGCGAGACGCAGGACUACAACACCAGCGACAUCGACGUUGCCGAGCCAGUCCUUCCGGAAAAGACCGACUUGAGCUCUGCGACGCAGUUCCCCUUGGAGGUGGACUUUGAUUGCGCCCCGCCCACAACUACUUCGGCUGCCACGGUGGCUACGACGACCACCACUGCCGCGGCUACUACAACCACCACCAGUACCACGACAGUCUUACCGCACAUCGUGUUCAGCGACACCAACGGCGGAAGGCUCAUCCGAUGCUGGGCACCCUUUGACGGUACGGAUGGGUCUUGUGAAGAGCUGAUUUCCCGUGGAUGGUCCGGACCAUACCGUCAAGAAGUGCAGCCCAGGAGGAAGUUGCAAUGUCGUCGUCGGCGAGAGUGGUGUGGCUUCCCAAACUGCUACAACCCUGAAUUGGCCCAAGGCCGUCGCCAUUGA